GAGCAAUAGUUCUGAAUCAUUGGGGAAGGACUGCAUAUUGGCAAAUGAUGUCGAUAGUGUCAUUGUACCUAUAGAUGCAUGUGGAGGGGAUGGCGCCCUUGCCUUUGCCAGAAGCAAACAGUACAAGCCACUUAUUAUUGCGGUUGAGGAAAAUGAAACAGUUCUCAGUGAUUCUCCAGAGUCACUUGGGAUUGAGGCGGUAAAAGUCUCAAAUUAUUGGGAAGCCAUAGGUGUUGUUGCAGCUCACAAGGCAGGAAUAGAUCCUUAUUCCCUGCGAAGAAAUAGGAUCAACAACAUUCAUUCCAUUUCCAUUACAUCUCCUAAUGGCCACGCAGUUUCAAGUGCCCCUCAACCAUUCAACUGAGGAUCUAUUGGAUUCACAAAGUUCCAUACAUAUUCUACUCCUACUCACCAGUUUUGCAAUGAGCAGCGAAGUCGUUGGUGAUGGCCGGCGGCGUGCUUUAGCGCUGCAACUUCUUGACCUGGUACGUGACUUUGUUCUGAUGUCAGGGAGGUCCAUCACCGGAGCCGGAGACGUCAUGAAGAAAGACUGCACCGAUCUCAUUCGUCGGAUUGCGCUCCUGAUUCAUCUGGCGGAGGAGAUCACAAACUUUUGUGGUGGCUUCCGGGACAAGUUUGAGGCAUUGACCGACUCUAUUGCUUCUUCUUCUUCUUGUUUGGAUUGCCUUUCGGAAGUGGUCGGAGCAAUUCAGGCAGCAAAACGCCUUCUGUACGCUGCUAUGACUUUCUCUGUAUACGACGAUGACGAGGGUUCUCCGACUCCGACUGAGGGAGGUACCAAAAAAUUGGUUCUGCAAUUCCAUUACGUGACAACCAGACUAGAAACUGCACUCUCAAAUCUGCCAUUCGACCACUUUUGUGUAGCAGACGAAGUACAAGAACAGGUUGAUUUGGUCAGAGCUCAGCUGAUGAGAGCAUCAAAGAACUAUGAGUCUAUGUCUGACCCCAUACAUAAGAAGCUUGAAGCUACAGGUUCUGUAAAAGGAAUGAUCUUUCAUGAUGUCAAGACCAUGUCUAGUGUUGAUGAUGCAGAUCCAGACUCUCAGCAUCGUCCUCCGAACCGCGACGAUCUGAUCUGUUUCGAUUCGGAUGAGCUAAAGAACUCGAAUUCAUGUUUCAACGAGUGUUCAAGUGUUCAUUCUGAAAUGGAAGAUGUUCUAUCCAUCAAGAGCCAAGAUGAAGUUGGGCAGCUUGAUGUAAUUGAAAUUCCUGAGAAUUUCUUUUGUCCCAUUUCCCUUGAAUUAAUGAUCGAUCCUGUCAUCAUCUCGACCGGACAGACAUAUGAAAGAUCCAACAUACAAAAAUGGAUAGACAGAGGAAAUACAUCAUGUCCAAAGACUCAAGAGCAGCUUCAAUCUCUGAUCCUCACUCCAAAUUUUGCUAUGAGAAAUUUGAUCUCAGAAUGGUGUGGAGAACACAAUGUUAAUUUAGAGAAAGGAUUAACCAACAGGAAACUUAAGAAGUAUAGAUCAUUUGAGGACGGUUGCCGAAGGAUGUUACCAAUCAAAACGUUGGUUCGACACCUUUCUUUGGGGUCCGUACAGGAGCAGAAGGCGGCGGUGACCGAGAUCCGACAGCUAUCGAAAAGCAGCUCAGAUCAUAGAGUUGAAAUAGCAAAAGCCGGAGCAAUCCCACAGCUGGUUGUCCUUUUAACUUCAGAAGAUGUUGCAACACAAGAGAAUGCAAUUUCAUGCAUUUUGAACCUUUCACUUCAUGAGCCAAACAAGAGACUUAUAAUGCUUCAUGGUGCAUUUUCUUACAUUUCCCAAGUCCUCAAAUUUGGGAGCAUGGAAGGGAGAGAGUGUGCUGCUGGGACGAUUUACAGCUUGUCGUUAGCCGACGAAAACAAGGCGAUAAUCGGGGCGUCGGGCGUGAUCCCGGACCUUAUAGAAAUCCUCCAGAUUGGGAGCCCAAGAGGGCAGAAAGAUGCUGCAGGAGCUCUGUUGAAUUUGUGUAUGUACCAAGGGAACAAAGGCAGAGCUUUCAGGGCUGGGAUUCUCAAACUAUUAUUGAAAAUGCUCUCUGAUUCAAAUGGCACAUUGGUUGAUGACGCUCUCUAUAUAAUGUCAGUUCUUUGCAGCCAUCCGGAGGCCAAGGCUGCAAUGGGGAAUGCCAAUUCAUUGCUUGUUUUGACCAAUGUUCUUAAGAAGGGGUCGUCUCGCAGCAGGGAAAAUGCAGUGGCAGUUCUGCUUGCAUUGUGUAAGGGAGAUUGGGAGAAGCUGGAAUGGUUAACCAGGCUUGGCGCGGCGGUGCCGUUGAUGAAACUUUCCGAGGAUGGCACGGAGAGAGCGAAACGGAAGGCUGCUUCAUUGUUGGAUCAACUCAGAAAAUCAUGAGCCAAGAUCAAACAGAGUUUGUGGGUGAUAGGUGUCACAAGAAACUUAUCGAGAAGAGAGUAGGUUGUGACCCUCACGUGCCAACAAGACAAGGUGGCAACACUGUAGUGGCACCCAACUGGUCAUGCGAGGUCCGAGGCAAGACAAGUGCAAUGAUGCGACUGAGGAAACAGAGCAUUACCUAACGCACCACAGAGAUGUACAUGAAAAAUAAGUCGAGGCGUAACAAGAUAGAGGCGACGAGCAUGCAUGAAUGUCAAAGGUAGGCUUGUUGAAGGGUUGGGUAGGGUCUCGAGUCU